AGCGGGGCUAGGGGUUAUCUGUACAUAUUCAUAUAUUGCCUUGACAAUGCUUUCCUCCAACAUUCUACCUUCCACCACAUACUCAGUACGACCAAGACAAACAAAUCAAUAUGAAGGCUACGUUAGUUCUGGCUGUGUUGGCAUGCGUGUUGGCGCUGGCGUAUGGUGACCUGGUGUGUGGGACCAACUACUGCAAACAGCAUCCUUGCACGACCCGUGUGGCGCCCACCAGCUGCCGCUCGCCCUCCCUCUACCGCCCUAACCACGCUGGCAAGUGCGCGUGUUGUCCCGCUUGCGUCACUCUACUAGGUGAGGGCGCUGCAUGCAAAACUUACAGCAAGGAGCUGGGAGAGACGCCCUCGGCUGUCUGCCGCGAGCCGCUCAAAUGCCUGACCGGAGUCUGCACCAAAGUUACUCCGCGCCGUUAACUCUAUAAACAAAAGGUUAAAUUAAGUUCCCAAUUAAAUGAUGAUGGUGACCAAAAUUGACAUGUGAAGCGCAAGCGCAAUGCAUUAACUUUGACACUUCUUAAUAAACAAUAGUUAACAAA